CCAUGGCUCCGACCCGGCUGCUGAGGCCCGUGCUGGGUUUCGGGGUGGUGUGCCUGGUCGCGGCGGCGGUCGGGUUGGCUGUGUACGCCGCCUACUUCCACACCCCCGGGCCGGUGUACCGGUACCCCGUGGGGGUGGGGAUGAUGCUGUGCUCGGUGCUGGUGGUAUGUUCCGUACAGACCGUGCUCCUCAGUGCGCAGCUGAUACGGGCCGCAUGUAAAGAGAUACCGGACAGCGAGGGUGACUGUUGGAACAGCAUGUGCUGCAGAACGUAUGACGUGGUUUAUUUCAUCGCCAUGACAACGGUGUCCUUUUUCUUCUUCAUUGGCAGCUGUGUUGGCCAACCCUGGACCCCUCCCGACGCGGUGGUAUGGUCCUUGGUGCUGGGACUUGUGAACGCUUCCAACCUCCUGCUGGCCUGGGCCAGACGGGAAGAAGCCAAACUUCGCGCCAAGGUGACCGGCCACCUGCCCAUGGAUGGUGGGGUCCCUGGGGACAAGGUGGCUGUGGAACCGGGCAGCGGCUCCUGUGUGAACAAGGAGUGCCUUGAGGCCACUGCGAGAGACCGGUUGCAAUUUCUGAACCACCUCCUGCGAGUCUUGGCACUGCUGUUCUUCGCGAUGAUGCUAGGUGGCGCUUGGGUACAGGGUAUCGGAUACGCCCAGCACGGAGGUUCCGCGGCCCCAGGGACAUUUCUGGAGGUCCGGUACGGUCUGGGCAGGCAGCGGUUCCACGUGUGGUGCGACGGGCCGGUGAACGCCUCCCGCCCCACCGUCUGGCUGGAGACGGGCGGCGGCCACACCAUGUACGACCUACUGGGCAUCCACCGGGGGCUGGUACGGGCCGGCUGGCGGGCCUGCGCCUACGACAAGCCGGGCAUGGGGCUGUCCGACUACGGCUUCGCCAACCAGGACGACUCCUACCACUAUCCCCUCAUACAGGCCACAGGUGAGCGGGGACCGUUCGUUGUUGCUGCCUGGGGAGGGGGAGUGAACCUGGCCUGGGAGUUCGCGCGAACGCACCGCGAGAACGUGACGUCACUCAUCCUCAUGGACUGCUAUGAUGACGAGUUUGAGUUUCGGCAGGACCGUUUCGUGCGGAACCUGACGGAAGCAGAGAUGGAGCGGCGGAGGGAGGAAGCCUUUGGCAGCCGCGUGUUCCUGCAUGACGUCAUCAGGACUGUGGGGGUGCAGUGGGGCCUGAUGUUCGUCUUUGCGGGGGGCGGGACGGAUAGGGCCACUUUCCAGCCACAAGAGUACUACGACGCCUACCGCUUCCUCAAUUCCUACAACGAGAAGUCAUGGACCUACCAGUACUUCGCAAUGGUCGACCACUUCCGCCACCCGUACCCCUUCCAGAACAACACCAUCAGUAGGGACAUCCCUCUUUUAGUCAUGGCCAGCCGGACCAAUGACACGGCACAGUGUAUCAAAAACAAGCAGCCCCUGGACUCGCAGGCAUGCCGGGAUGCCAUUCGUCGCCAUGACUAUGCGUACGAGUACAAGUUGGGUACGGCCACGUACACAGACCAAUCACAGGUGGCCACGUGUCAGGACUGUACGCUGGGCUUCCCUGUGGAGGAGUCGCAAUGGACCACGGGAGAGAUCCUCCGGUACUUGGACGGGCUGCCGACCAUCGCGUAA